GUUGAAAAUCCAAAAAUAUGGAAACAACCCAAAAUAUAGGAGCUACGUUUCCCCUUUUCCAAAAUCUUGUACAUAGCAAUGAUUUCAAACCGGAUUUUGUUUGGGGUGCUGCUACUUCUGCAUAUCAGAUUGAAGGUGCCGCAUCUAAAGGUGGUAGAGGUGAAAGCAUUUGGGAUGUCUUCUGCCACAACAACCCUGAUGCCAUUGUUAAUGGUGAUAAUGGAAACAACGGUACCAAUGCUUAUUUUAAAUACAAGGAGGAUGUGCAAAUGAUGAAAAAAAUGGGUCUGAAUGCUUACAGAUUCUCAAUUUCAUGGACUAGAAUAUUUCCAGGAGGAAAACCAAACAAUGGCAUCAACAAGGAAGGUAUUGAUUACUACAAUAACCUAAUCAAUGAGCUCAUACUCUGUGGAAUUACGCCAUAUGUCACUCUCUUUCAUUGGGACACUCCCGAAACCCUAGAAGAAGAAUACAUGGGCUUCCUAAGUGAAAAAAUUAUAUACGAUUUUACGAUUUAUGCGGGAUUUUGCUUCUGGGAAUUUGGUGAUCGAGUGAAGAAUUGGAUCACAAUAAACGAACCGCAUUCUUAUGCUUCGUCUGGAUACGCUGAUGGUAUAUUUCCGCCUGGCAGGGGAAAAGACGGUGUUGGGGAUCCUGGCACUGAGCCGUAUAUAGUAGCAAAAAACUUACUCCUUUCUCAUGCUUCUGUUGUCAAUUUAUAUCGACAAAAAUUUCAAAAAAAACAAGGUGGUAAGAUUGGGAUUACACUAAACACGGUAUUUUGCGAGCCACUUAAUCCUGAGAAACAAGAAGACAAGGAUGCAGCCCUCAGAGCCAUAGACUUCAUGUUUGGAUGGUUCAUGGAGCCAUUAUUUAGUGGAAAAUACCCGGACACAAUGAUAGCAUAUGUUACAGGUGGUCGUUUGCCAGAAUUCACGGCAGAGGAAGCCAAGUCAAUCAAGGGUUCUUAUGAUUUUCUUGGGUUGAAUUAUUAUACCUCCUAUUACGCAACCACUGCAAAACCAAGUCAAGUUCCCUCCUAUGUGACAGAUAGCAAUGUCCAUCAACAACCAGAGGGUCUUGAUGGGAAACCUAUCGGUCCACAGGGAGGCAGUGACUGGUUGUACUCCUAUCCACUUGGGUUUUACAAAAUUCUGCAGCACAUAAAACGUACUUAUGGAGAUCCAUUGAUUUUCAUAACAGAAAAUGGUUGGCCAGACAAAAACAGUGACCAAAUCGGAAUUGGCGCAGCUUGUGUUGACACUCAACGUAUUGAUUAUCAUAAUGCUCAUCUUCAAAAACUCCGAGAUGCGAUUAGGGAUGGCGUUAGGGUAGAGGGGUAUUUUGUAUGGUCGUUGAUGGAUAAUUUUGAAUGGAUAGCAGGAUAUUCUAUUCGUUUUGGUCUACUUUAUGUAGAUUACAAUGAUGGGAAAUACACAAGGUACCCAAAGAACUCUGCAAUAUGGUAUAUGAAUUUUCUUAAAAGUCCUGAGAAACUUGGUGAACAAAAGAAAAUACCUAAGUGUGUUGUUCCAAACAAGCCUAUUGCUAAAACCCAAAGCACCGAGACGUCUAAGAAAUCAAGCAGAGUUGUAGCCGAAGUAGUUCUGAUUAUGAUAUUGAGUAUUCUUUGUAUAGUCAUGUUUAUUUUCGACUAUAAAAUGAACAUAUGUUGUAUUUAUUAG